UGAGAACAAAAACUAUAUACAGAAGGAGAAAAUAGCAGAGGAUGAAAACAGAGGAAGUGUGCGUGCAGUGAGAGCAGGAAGCAUCAGAGAGAGAGAGAGAGAGAAAAGAAGUUGGGGUUGUUUUAGUUUUUCUGGGUUUGGGAAUCGUUGAAAGACAGAGAAAGAAAGCUGCAAGAGAAUCCAAGACCUAUACAUGGUAAAGCUUAGGAACUGUUGAUCUGCAUAAAAUAGAUUCACCUUUAUUUUUCUUGCUUCUUUUAACCUCCCUAAUAAACUAAGUACUGUGAAAAAAACACACCUCUGUCACAACCCACACACCCCCCAUCAGAUAAAGCCGUACCAUUCCAUCCAAAAUUUUCCAACUUUCUCUUUGUCCACUCUCUCUAGCACACUGCAUCUUUAUUUUCUGAGACAAAAUAGAGAGUUGGAAUAAAAAGGACCUAAGUGUUAGGUAUUUGUUUAGCUUGAUACUUGCAUGGAACGUGCAAUUACUAGUUUUUAUAGCUUGAAAUAGACACUAUCUUCAUAGGGGUCAUAGUUUGAGAAAGAGUGUGAGUGUUUUUUCUUUUUGUGUCAGAGUCAGUCAUAUAUCUACAAACAAUCUUCCUAGUGGUGGUGCUAGCUCUUGAGGUUUUUUCAGAAGGAUUUUUCUUCUUUUUCAUGGAGAAGAAGAGAAACACCAACAAGCUUUGCUGCAGAGUCUUCUUCUUCUUCCUUUUCACACUCUCAAUUUGCACACUGAUCUUCAGCAGUGCCACUGUCUCUCCCAUUACAGGUUUAGAAACUAGGUGUCCCAUGUUUUUCAAAGCUGGUAUAGAUUUUCAGGGCAAAACUGAGGUCUCCAUGGGUUGGGCAAGGAGGCUUCUAGGCGGACCUGGGUCAUUUCCACCACGGUGUGCCGCCAAGUGUGGCAGAUGUGCACCCUGCAGACCAGUUCAUGUGCCAGUGCCGCCUGGGAAUCCGGUGACCGCCGAGUACUACCCGGAGGCAUGGAGAUGCAAGUGCGGCAACAGAUUAUACAUGCCAUGAAGAAAUCUAUGACAUAUUUGUCCAGUCUAAUAUAUAGUUGAAUUUAGCUCUUUAAUGAAUUGUUCUAGCUUUAGCCUGUGGUGGAUAUUGGAUAUAUAUGAAAAUACAGUACAGAACUUUGAUUUUAUAUGAAAUAUAUAUCUGAUUAAUGUGAGUUCGUAGCAGUAAA